AUGAAACGUGGUUCCAGCAUUACGGUUAGUUUUUAGAAUAAAUUUAUCGCGAAGGAAGACAGGUUCAGUUGCUGUUUCUGUUAGUCGGAGUUCACUUCAUUGCUGGUCAGUCUCCGGCUCCAACCCAGGCUCCGUCCCAGGCCCCAUCCCAGGCUCCGUCCCAGGCCCCAUCCAAGGCUCCGAGCGUAGCUCCUACAGUCGCUUCUACGUCUCCAACGACAACGACGACGGCGACGACGGCGACGACGACGACGACGACGACGACUACAACCACGACAACCACGACGACGACGACGCCUCCACCUCCUCCCCCUAUGGACGACGUGGAUUUGACGUCUUCACCACUCACGCGACUUUAUGGAGUCUACAAACCGAACACGCAUUCUCAGUGAGCUUGAAUAGCAAAAAUGGCCUCUUCUAUGUUCCUACUUUUCAGCGACAACUAUCGUCCGACGUGGGCGUCCAUGUGGCCGAUUGACGACAACGAUUUCUCUUACGGAAUCUACUUCUGGCCGCCCAAAUACUGCCACGCCAUCUAUUUGUGUCCGGUGACCGCGCAACUCUGGAACGGUGCCACUGAUUUUAAUGAGUUCGAGUGCGACAAAUCGUACAUCAAGUACUAUCCGCACAUUGGAAAACUUUUGUUCAGUAAGACUUUCAAAGUGCUUUAAUUACGGACUUUCCAAUUCAGAGAAAGAUGAACUUACGGCCGAAGAGGAAAAGGUGUAUCAAGAGUACGCGCUACAGUUUGUCGCUUCUGAUGGAAAGGGCAAGUACAAACUACGAGUUCUCAAGCAGAAAGCUGAAAACCACAAGGAAUACUUGGCAAUGUUGAGCGACAAUAGCAAGACGGAAGAGUUCGAGUGGGAUCUGAGUAACAAACACUUGAUGAUACUGACGAAUAGUCGAAUGUGUGAGGUGAACAAGCCGGGCGCCAAGUUCUAUCCGUUUAUCGAUGAAAACGCCUCCAAAAAAGACGCGUUUCCCUCGUGGCUCACUUAUAAACUCGACAAUGUGGCGACGGAUUUGACGCCGGCGGUCGGAGGGCACAAGAAGACGGUCGACUUGUUGAGCGUGAGUGUAUUCAGAAAAACUUGGAACAAUAGAACAUUACCUUUUUGAGCACCUGAAAGACUUGAAAGUUCACAAGAGUCUGAGCAAACAAAUGCAGCAAAUGUGCUCCACGUAUGAGAAAGUCAGUGUGGCGGGAAGCCGGAAGCCCAUUUAUGAGCACUCUUCGCACGUGUCCGUGUCUACGUUCGCUGUACAACCGUUUGCGGGGAAUACGCCGGAAGGGUACACUCUCAAGUUGGAGUUCUCGUUGAACGGAUGUCAUUGGUGGAGCCGAACUUUGAAUUUACAGUAACCCUCUUCUUUUAGGGUUCGCUUCUGGGCUACGCAAGAUCCAAUUGAGGAAUACGCGACCAAAAUGCAAGUGGAGGACACUCUGGAUCUGUUCAUCACUGAAGGAUUCUACUUGGCGCCAGACACGAACGAGGCAAGACCACUUCCGGACGCGAAAGAGAUGGACAAAGUGAAGUUGGUGGUUCACAGAGAUCCCAGCGUCCAGGAUGACAAUCAUGAACUGGUUGGUGGUUCGUUUUUGCUGCAAUUGAUAAUAGUGUCUAUUCAGAUUGAAUUUGCUUUUGGCACCUCAGACAGCAAUUAUCUGUUCCAUCAAUAUUUCAACUCGAAAUCUUUUGGAGCUCGUUCGCUCAACUUGCACUUGAUUCGCGCGCCGCACUGUGAGACUAAUCUUGUUAUUGUGAGUUUUAAUUUCCAUCCGUUUACAAGCGAUUUUACAUGGAACUGCUCAUACUUUUCAGAACGGUGGAUUCUCGGACGACAAUGGAAAAUCGGAGCCGACGAACCGACGCGAAGUCACCGACUGCUCGUUCAGCCACAUGGCCUAA